AUGAAAAACCGGCAAAGUUUAGUCAAGUGGAUCCGGGAGUGGCGUAUCCCACAUCAGAUGCUGGAGGGUGCCCUCUCGGAGGUCCGUAAACUUCGCAAGGUGGGCUUCAGUGUUUUGCUUGCUAGCCGGCCAGUCAUAUCAUACGUUGUUGAUGUAGGCGUCCGACUGCCAAAGCCACCCUGGCACGAUGAAGAUCAAUGUGAGUGCAGCAGCAGCAGGAGCAGCAGUAAUUGCAGCGGCGGCAGCAGGAGGAGCAGUAGUAGUAGGAGGAGGACUCGUAGUAGCAGCACCAGCAGCAGCGGCAGAAGCAGCAGCAGGAGUAGUAGUAGUAGUAGUAGUAGUAGUCGUCGUCGUAGUAGUAGUAGUAGUAGCAGCAGUAGUAGUAGUAGUAGUAGUGGUGACGUGGUAUGUAGCUGUGGUGGUAGUCUUCGCAGCCAGGGUGGUGGUGGUGGCGGCGGUGCAGUGUUAGUUGCCUGGUAG